CCUUGCCAAUGCAUAAUUAGUCAUUGUUCAUUGGCGCUCUUAUCUUCGUACUUGAUGGCUUUUGUACCAAAGCCUGGAUGUCCUAUGUGUGGGAUCGUGGCCACUGCAUUGGUGCAUGCCCCCGGACAGUCCCCACGUUCACCCACUUCUCCAGACGCCCCAGCAGAGCCAGAAAUACUCUGGAGAGACGAAAAUUUCACAGCAUACCGGGAGAAAGCUCAUCCAGUAUCUUCCACCGGUCAUAUAAUCAUAGCGUUUAAUCUUCACGUUCCAUCGAUAUACACUCUGUCUUCCAGUGACUUGCCCCUUCUUGUCAAUGUUAGAAACCUUGGCAGGAGGCUUUUGAGCAUGUCGUCGCCGCCCUCUUCCCCUUUCUCACCGGUCAAUAAUUCCGCACCCUCGGCACCUCUACAACAUGCUGAAUCCCAAUUUCGGAUCGGCUUCAUCACUCCACCUUUCAAGGACAACAAGAUUCCUAUCAUAGAUCAUCUUCAUGCACAUGCCUAUCUAGCCCCUGCCGAUCUGCUUGGCUGGUGGAGAGGUGUUGCGUACGGUCCUCUCGCUUGGUAUGCUAUCGAUGAUUUGAUUGCUGAAAUUCGGGAGUCGGUCUCGAACAAUCGCGUGAAAUCUGGUUACGAUAAUCGGAUAAAUGCCCCGAUAGACACGGUUCCCGAGGCAGGUGCGCGAACUGGUGCAGCCAAUGGCGACGAAUAUGCCCCUUCGAGUCUGGCUAUCCCUGACCUUGAGGAUGGCCUCACGUCCCCAAAUUCUUCUAAUACAUCCUUUCCCUUUAGUUCCAGCGGUCAUAUACCCCAUUUGCCCGUAUGAUAGAUCCUGAAGUGCUGGAUACAUAGCAAGUCCUCGGACUAUAGUCACCCAUCACAAACAAUUGAACUUUUUGUAUAUCAAGUAUUGUCAUUGCUUUCUUUAGCCUACUUCUAUACAACUCAAUGUGUAAAUAUUCAAUAUCAACAG